AUGCAACCUCUAGGACCCGCCGUUCCGUCAGCUUUGAACGGUAUCGCCAUCGCUGGCCUAAGACUCGGAGAAAUGCGCGGCAAAUUCGAACAACAGUCGUCGAGCGUUCGGAUUCGUCAAACUCUGGGAGGAUACCGUAUUAUGCAAGCCGAAGCUCCGAUAGUCGAGCAACCCCUAACCCGGAAAAAUGCGGCGAACCUACAGGAGUACCUUCUCCAAGGAUCGAUCCUUGAUAGUUCGGCCGAUGUCCUCUUGAACAGGCUCCGAGGUCUUUGCGACAACUCCGACUCACCCGUCGAGUUGUUCCACGACAUCGAACAAGUAUACACCAUCAAGGACCAAGCGAAUCAAGCCACGUUCUCGUUGAGAGCAAGGAACGCUUUGGAUAAUCCGCAGUUGCCGUGGCAAUUGAGAUACGUUGGCCAGCCGGAAGUCGGAGACAAGAGUCGUUUCACGAUUUGCCGGAGUGUGAUCGAAGUUGGGACCUCCAGUAAUCUCGUGACGUGGCUGAACGAAUUGGGAUUCCGACUUGAUUACGAGUUUGUUGCGAAAGGCCACAUAUUCCAGAAGGGCAGAAUGAAGAUUCUCGUUCAAAAGAUUCAUCGCGUGUGUCAAUCCGGCAACCCCGAAACAUUGGAACCGGUCUCCCAGUCGUUCCUCAUAGAGCUGAGCGUCCUAGCGCCUCCGUCGCAGGAAUCGCUUGGCGAAGAAAUGAAGGCAUUCGCUGACCAGCUGAGACCUCUUGUGGAGCUUGAGAAAGUUGAUCAUGCUCGUCUUCAUGUAUCGUAGAGGAGGUGGAAAUCUCCAAAAUCGGCAACGGGGGGACGUUUCGCUGCACUGCCUGAUCAUAGUAUCGAUUAUUCUGUAAAUAAAUUC